AUGACCAACCCUACCAAAGCCGCCGCGAGCGAACACACCCGUUUGCAAAAUGAAUUCGGCGCCGACCACUGGGUCCGCAACCCUGCAGCAGAGUAUCGUCGCCCUACCCUUGGACGAGGCCUGUUCGCUGGCCUGCAGGAUACAAAGCACUAUAAUGUUGAGAAUGGCUGGGCACGACGCAAGUCUGAUCCCCAGCCUGGGCUUUUGGUUCGCUAUGGAGUC